GGGUUUUACGGAGCUUUGCUACACGUAAAAGUAGAACAACGAAAUCAGCUGUGAAAGGUCUAUGUCAUGUCACUGAGGGAAAUCACCUAUUCAAUUAACUGCCUGCUGUGCUAAACUACGUUUUAGCUUGUAUCCUGGUAAACUCAUUACAAGAGAUUGUCCGCUCUCGGGAAAUGUAGAUAACAGCUGUGUUCAAUCCAUUCAGACUCUGCAGAAUAUCAAAGGAAUUCUAUCCUGAGAAACAAAGAUAAAUUCUAAUAUUACAAGGCAAAAAGAGGUCAUAUUCUUUAUCACAGCUGUGUGUGUUAUUGAAGAAAUCCUUACUCCGACGUGUGAGUGGGAGCAGCUUGUGGAAAAAAAGCAAAGAUCUUCAAGGAUACGUCUGGAGUUUUUUCGAUUGUGCAAAUGAUGUCUAAUGGUGACGCAAAAGAUGGGAAAACUCAGGCGAAUGGAGCAGAAUCUCAAGAGUUCCCGAUGGACACCAGCUUAAAAGUCUUUAAGAGAGAACCUCAUCACAGGAUCUUUGUGAAUCGUGGGCUCCAUCUGGACAAAAUCAAGUUCUAUGGAUUUGACAUGGACUACACCUUGGCGGUGUACAAAUCUCCCAUUUACGAAGCGAUGGGUUUUAACCUUCUCAAGGAACGGCUGGUAGAGAUUGGAUACCCGGAACCAAUUAAGAACUUCCAGUACGAUCCGUCUUUCCCAGUGAGAGGUCUUUGGUUUGACAAAACCUACGGCAACCUGUUAAAAGUUGACUCAUACGGCAACAUCCUGGUCUGUGUCCAUGGCUUUCACUUCCUCAAGCCCCUUGAAGUGUCUGAGCUGUACCCCAACAAGUAUAUUCAGCUGGAUGACAAGCGACUGUACGUUCUGAACACACUGUUCAACAUACCAGAGACGUACAUGCUGGCUUGUGUCAUUGAUUUCUUUGCCAACAACAAAGACUACACAAAAACAAAAACCGGUGUUACGCGCGGCAGUCUUCAUAUGUCGUACAAGUCCAUUUUUCAAGAUGUUCGUGGUGCAAUGGACUGGCUUCAUCUGCAUGGUGACCUGAAGAGUACCACCAUGAACAACCUGGACAAGUAUGUUCACAAAGACGAGAAGCUUCCUCUUCUGCUGGACAGAAUUCGAAGCAAUGGUGCUAAAACAGUUCUCAUCACAAACAGCGACUAUGUGUACACCAAUAAAAUUAUGGAAUACCUCCUGGAUUUUCCUGAGCUGCACGGUAAGAGACACUGGACAAGCUACUGGGACUGCGUUGUCGUGGAUGCGAAGAAGCCGCUGUUCUUUGAGGAUGGAACCAUUCUGCGAGUUGUGGACACGAAAACUGGAUCUCUAAGCCUGGGACAUCACAUUGGACCGAUUAAGACCGGAGAAAUAUACUCUGGAGGUUCUUGCGAAGUAAUUUCUCGACUUCUUGGUGCUCGGGGAACGGAUGUCUUAUAUGUCGGAGACCACAUCUUUGGAGAUAUCCUUAAGUCGAAGAAAAUCCGCGGCUGGAGAACUUUUCUCAUCAUCCCUGAGCUGGCGACGGAGCUGCGUGUGUGGACAGACAAAAGGCAGCUGUUUGAAAACCUGACCCGCAUCGAGAGUGCCUUGUCUGACAUCUACAGAAGAGUUCAGGAAAGGGAAAAGGAAUGUCUGUGGCAUUUGGAUAGCAGCACAACUGAAAAACCGGACACCUCCCAAAUUAAUAAUUCUUUGAGGGGUGUCAUCCACUCUCUGGACAUGUCCUAUGGGAUGCUGGGCAGCUUGUUCCGCAGUGGUUCUCGGCAAACGUUCUUUGCCUCCCAAGUGAGGAGAUACGCUGAUAUCUAUGCCGCGACCUUCCUCAACCUGCUGCACUAUCCGUUCUGCUACAUGUUUAGAGCUCCUUCCAUGCUGAUGCCCCACGAGGCGACCGUCGACCACUACUCCAACCUGGACAGUCGCGAGGCUCAGGCGGUCUCUCGCAGCAGGUGCUCCUCCGACGCCGCCUUCUUCACGCCGGGGAGCAAGCGACCCAAGUCGGACGCGGGGCUGCCUCACGCCUGGGCGGAGACCCCGAGCAAGGUGGUGCACAUUCACGACGAUGGAGGGAACGACUCGGACGAGGAGGCCUCCGUGAGCCCGUUCACUAACUCUAACAGCAACAGCAGCCCGGAGAACAAGGAUGAUUCGUACAUGAUUUGAAAAGGUGAAGGACCAACCCGUCUGGUAGUGUCCGUUCAUGAUGUCUUCUCAUCUUCAGCAGCCGUCAUCACCAUGCGGUAGAACAUUGUCCACCACCACCAAGAGCUCUCCAAGGUGGUGGGGCACCUGAAGGCUAUCUCGGCUAUUACAAACCCUUGAGAGCUCAUAUUUGCUGUGGGAGAUCAUGUAUCUUUGGGGAUUUAAAAUCUAUUGUUAAAAAAAGCUAAACUGAUUCGGUUGCCAUGGAAACGGAUUGGAUUUUGUAUACUUAUUUUGAUCCCAUUUUAUUCACUUGUUUUUUCCACAAAUAUACUUUUAUUAUAUUGGUAUGUACGUAGGAAAAGUAUAGAUCUAAAAGUUGGUUUGAUGAAUUUUUUACACAGGCUUUCGUUUUCAUGAUAUGGCACUUGAAAAUCGGCUUAUUGCAUAACUGGGGAAAAAUAACAAAAAAUCAGGCUUUCGGAGGCCAUUUAUCA